AUGUCAGGGGACAACUGCCCGAGCUCUGAGUGGAGCGUCAUGUGUCGUCCUUGUUGCGAGUACCACCUGAUCCAAUGUCGCUGUCCCUCAAAAGGGUCGAGGGUAGGCUACACUGUUCCCUGCUGCCGCAAUGCUCUGGAUCAGUGUGAUCCCUGUAUCAUUCACCCAGGCUGCAGUUUGUUUGAGAACUGUAAAACCUGCCACAACGGAACAUGGAAAGCCAAUGACGACUUCUUCGUCAAUGGAAAGUAUUGUACAGAGUGCCGCCAAGGCUGGAGUGGAGGGGACUGUAAAACAUGUGGAGGCGUCAUUCAACGGGCUCAGGGUCAUAUAGCCCUGGAGAGUUACCCAACAAAUGCCCGAUGUGAAUGGCGAGUGCAAGUGGAGAGGAACAGCAGAAUUGAACUGAGGUUUUCACUGCUUAGUCUGGAAUCUGACCAUAACUGUCGUUAUGAUUAUGUUGAGGUGCGUGACGGCAACGAUUUGAGCUCUCCAGUAAUUGGCCGGUUUUGUGGGGAUCAGCUGCCUCCUCCAGUAAAAAGCUCAGGGAACCUCUUGCACAUCCUGUUCACCUCAGACGGCUACAACAACUUUGAUGGCUUUGUUCUUACUUUUCAGGAGACUGCAACCAUCAAGAAACCAAUGUGUGCACUCCCAGAGAAACUGGCGAAUGGAUAUUUGCUGCUUGUAUAUGGCCCAAAGGAGGAGCUUGUAUCUGUAUACUACCGGUGCCAUGCACCUUCCACAAUGAUUGGCUCCCAGCAGAGGAUCUGUCUGCCUAAUGGCACAUGGAGUGGCACAGUUCCCACAUGUGUAAGAGGCCAAACAAGCAAAGUCCGGUGUUCCCCUCCACCAAAAUUGCUCAACGGCUACCACAGACCUGCUCCUAACACAACUGGAGAUGCAGUGACCAUUGAGUUUUUCUGUAAAAACUCCUACAUUCUGAGUGGAAACCACCAGAGUACCUGCCUCUCUAAUGGAUCCUGGAGUAGCAGGAUUCCCAAGUGUGUCAGAGCAUGUCGAGAGCCCAAAGUCUCUGAACUUGUGCGACAAAGUGUUGUGAAGCCACAUCUGAUAUCAAGGUACAACAUGCAUGAUUUGCUGUCAGCUCGUUUUACUCCACUUGCAUUGGAUAAACAGUCAAAAAAAGACGACACCACCUUCCUCGAGCAUCCUCAUGGCUUUCAUCCAGUCUACACGAGUAUUGAGUAUAAGUGUGCCUCUCUGCUCUACCGCCACACAGGAAGUUCCCGACGUACCUGCCUGAAUUCGGGCAGGUGGAGUGGGCGCCGUGUUUCUUGCUCACCAGUUUGUGGCAAAUUCGACACUUUCAGUCUACACAACCUCACAGACACUCAGUGGCCGUGGCACGCAGCCAUCUAUAUCCGCUCACCUCCUAAUCGCACUGCCAGCACCCACAGGCUCAGUAGAAAAUCCAUGUCUAUCCAGCAGGGGGCCUCAGAGGAGUCUACAUUCUGGUACCUUGCCUGCAGUGGGGUUCUGCUCACCCAGCGUAGCAUCCUGGUGGCAGCUCAGUGUGUGGUAGACAAGGACAAGCAGCAGACCCUUCACCAAGCACAUGUGAAGGUUGCCAUAAGCAUGCAAUACCAGACAUCCAAGGAUCAGCUGAAGAGUCACCUCAGGGUUUCAGACAUUUUAGUCCAUCCAAAUUUUUAUUCUGCACCAGACUCCAAUUUGGCUGUGCUCAAGCUAAAAGACAAGGCCAAGAUCAGUCAGCGUGUGUUGCCAGUGUGUCUACCCAAAUUGCAAGGAGGAGAGGUGACAGCACAGGAGGCUUACACUGCAAGGUGGAUUUUACCAAACGAUCACAGGCACCUGAGCCACUACGCUCCCUUGAGCCAGACGAAACUUGUUGAGUUGGGUGAUGUAGCUCAAUGCGAAGGAGAAUUUGCUCAGCGACGAGCACAUUCCUCAGUGAUCAGUGACAAUACACUAUGUGUCAUUAGGAAGCUGUCCAGUCCUCAAAGCCCUUGUCCCAGUGUUGCUCCAGGCAUCACAAUCGUGCCAGCUGUGUUUUCAUCCACAAGUGGUGUCUUGUCGGGUCACGAGGAGACUGAGGGAGCCUCCAGCACAGCCUGGCAGCUUCUUGGUUUAGAGAGUUUCAGCUAUGAUGAAAAGAACUGCUACCAACAGACUUACACAGUUCAGACACGAAUAGCCAACUUUAGAGACUGGAUAGAGAACAAUGCGAAGUAGAUUUUUUCCCCUCAAUAUCUCAUGUAAAGAUGGUUUUCAGCAAAUUAAUCUCUUCAAUUGUCAUUUAUUUCCUGUUUUGUAAAUCUCAGUUGGUGGAAACAGUGAAGAUGGAGCGGACAGUGAGAACACAACAUUUGCUGCGAUAAUAUUGUACCUGCUUUCUGUGUUAAUAUCAUAUGAGAAUUGUUUUCCUGGCAUUCUCUUAUGUGUGCAUGUUAUUGUUUCGUAUUUGGGCUACCUCCACUUUAAACAACUCAAAGUGGUUAAGAAACACACCCACAUACUCAUGAUUUUUCAACAUAAAAAAAUAAAGAAAUCUGCCAUUUUGAGUCGUUGAUGCUCA